CUCACCAGUAUGGUGUCCUCUCUCAACAACGCUAUAUCAAUGAUCUAUUGCGUGGCACUAAUAUGCACCAAUCCGGAGGGGUCUCCACUCCACUCCCAACCUCGGCCAAACUUACUAUCGCAGCUGGAGCUCUCUUUUUGAGCCUCAAGAAUACUGUUCUGUAGUUGGGAGUCUUCAAUACUUAUCACUUACUCGGUCGUCUCUUUCUUAUGCUAUUAAACUAUGCGUAUGGACAGCCUCCUGCGUACGGCAAUCCAGGCCAGCAGCAACUCCAACAGCCACAGUCCGGUUGGGGACCAAUCAGCUUCAUCGGAUCUCCAUCUUUUGAGAAUAGUUUUGGUUCAGUCCCUCCAUCUGUUGUGUCUCAGAUGUGUCAUUCUUCAGGUCAUUCAGCUGUUGCAUGUCCCUCUCGUGUUGUUCAGGCUCAUGCCCCUGCCUUGGCUGUCUCUACAGGUGAAUCCACUCCAGCUGUCUGGUAUCCUGACUCGGGUGCUUCUGCUCACAUGACCUCAAAUGAAGGAUUUGGGGGAUUUACAUUUUUUCCUAGGUGUCCAAGCUGUUCGAACCUCCUCAGGUUUGUUCCUGUCUCAACAAAAAUAUGUGUCUGAUCUAUUAACUCGGUUUCAUCUUCACACCCUUAAACCUGUUCGUACUCCGCUACCUACUCGAACUAAGCUAUCUCUCACUGAUGGUGAUCUUCUCGCAGAUCCUACGGAGUACAGAAGUAUGGUAUCUUCAGGGAACUCCGGACCAUGGUUUGCUCCUGCAACCGAGCACUUCUUCUCCUAUUUUACAGGCGUAUUCAGAUGCAGACUGGGCUGGCUGUCCUGACAUUAGUAGAUCCACUUCAGGCUUUGCUAUUUUUCUAGGCCCUAAUUUAAUUUCAUGGAAAUCCAAGAAGCAACCAACCGUCUCUCGUUCUUCCACAGAAGCAGAAUACAGGGCUAUUGCUUACACAGUUCAAGACAUUCUCCACAUCCGGUCUAUAUUGUUUGAAUUAGGCGUACCUAUUUUCCAGCCUAUUUGGUUAUUGUGUGAUAAUAUUUCAGCCUCUUAUUUAUUCACAAAUCCUAUUCAGCAUGCUCGGAGCAAACACAUCAGCAUUGAUUAUUACUUUGUUCGUGAGAGAGUUUCACAUGGAGAUCUGGUUGUUCGCUAUGUUCCCACACAGUUCCAGCUUGCAGACAUUUUUACCAAAAGUUUAUUUCCGCAUCGCUUCAUUUUUCUUAGAGACAAUCUGUGCAUUAUUUCCCCUGCACAGCUUGAGGGGGUGUAAUAGAGUAAUUAAUAUUCAUUAAUUAGGUUUCCAUAUUUCUUAUGUUUCCUAAUGUACUCAGAACUCUAUUUAUUAUAUAUAUGACAUCUAGGCUUCCAAUUGGGUAAGUCAUUCCAUUAUUUUCACAUUUUUCUUCCUCAAACGAGGGAUUUCGACGAUCAGUCAUGGAAUCCAGAUGAAG